CGCGCAGUGCCGGCGCGUCGAUGCCCGAACUUCCGGACGCUCUGUAUACGGUGGAAAGGACGUUCUCUGGCACCGAUGAACCGGGACGGUCUGCCGGCCCCUUCCCAGCAACACGGCAUCACGUAGAUCAUCGCGAGGGACUCUGUGACGUGAAGCCGGCCGACAAGGAUGGCUAGGAAACCGCCGUCCCACUGCUGCGCUUGGCUCCUGCUCUGCGGCGCCCUGGUGUACGCCACGCCACUGCCAGACGCCCAGAAACCAUUAGAUGGAAGCCACCAGGAACCUUCCAUACCGGCCAGCACCGCCUCUCCAGUCCAAACGGUCAUGACGGACCCCAUACUCCCACACAUCAACCGGUCAAGAGAUGCGGCCAGUGGUGCCAGCGUCACCUACUCUGUCACAAUUCCUGGCUCCGGCAGAAAGCCUGUGUUUCAACCCCACCAGCCACCACUCGCACUGGGGACAGCGAUGACGACGCCAUCCCCGAGUAACAGCGUGGCUGGAACGGCUAGCCGAGCUAGCCGCAACAUGCAACCGGACAUUGGCCUGAUGCACGGCUUCCAACUGAAAGUUACAAGUGCGCCGUUCCGGGUGGGCCCCCAGGAGAGAGCCCACCGGUUCCUGAGAGGCCAGCGCCCGGACAAUCCGUCGAUCGUUGGAGGCGUACCAAACUUCCAGAGAAGCAAACUUCAAAACGCCUCGCUGGCAAGCAACCACACCUACACCGAGGAGACGCCCGAUACGGAAGGAGAAGAACGGAGACUUCUAGCGCUCCUGCCCCAGCUGCUGGCCCAGACGAAGAGCAAGAUCGGCAAGGACAACGCCAAGGAGUACGUCGACUGGCUGGCCAACAUCACGAGAAACCUCACACACAGUUCUAAGCAGCUGAGCAGCAGCAAGGCGCUGCAGAGGACUCCGGAUCGCAAACCCGCCUCGAACGCGACGCACAACAGUUACGAGGAGUCCGCAGGGUCUCCCAGCGGUGCAGUGCGCAAGCCAGUGGAAGACAGGAUCUGCAUCAUCCUCCACAGCAUGGGCGACGAAGCGCGCCUCAAGUUGAUGGAACAGCUGACGAGGAUGACCUAUCCCACCGCCACUGCGCCCAACACGCUAGGAGGACGACCGACAGUUCAGACCCUUCCGGGAAACGGCAGUGCGGCGCACAACCUCGAAACCGGAAAGGUCAGGACGCAGCUGGGAAAGACCUUCAAGACCUUCCACCUGACGCAGCAGCAACGCCUGGAGGAAGCUGAAACCGAGACACCUAGGAAUGCGUCCCACGGCGACGCUCAAGGAGGACCGCAGCGAGCCGAAGGCCCGCAGCCAGAUGAACCGAUGGACAUCUUCACGGAGCAGGUUCAGGAACAAUGGGAGGACUUUGUGGGAAAGCUGAAGCAGGUGGCCCGUGAGACCUGGGACCAUGUGGCGCGACAGAUGGCGCGGUCCCUCGAGAAACUGAACGCCUGAGGGAUGGAUUGCUUCUUACUAGGGUGUUUUCCGUGAGCCCUCUGUAUUAAGGAAUCCACCACUUUAGAAACAACUGGCGCCACCUGACGGAAAUUGGGGUUCUAGGAUUCCCAGGAUGCAACAAUGCGUGCAUUGGGGAGAAGAGGGCAGAAGUGCCUUAGAACAAACUUGGACGGGGGGGGGGGGGGGGGGGUUCAAAA